AUGAAUUCUCUCGAUCAAAUCGAUGAGCUUGUAAAAGAAUAUUUAAUGUUUAGAGGAUUUACAAAUGCAAUUAGAGCAUUUGAGAUGGAAAUUAAAAACGAUAAAGGAUUUGAGGCAGAGAAAAUUGUCGAUGAAUUAUAUACAUAUGUGACAAGUAGUGAUAUAAAUGGAUUGAUGGAUAAUUGGAAAUAUCUUAAUUUAAGAUAUUUUUCUAGAUUAGACUCUAGAUUUUUUGCAAGCGUAAAGAAGUUUGAAUUAACAACACAACAAAAAAGAAAAGAUAAAGUGUUGGAAUUUUUUGAAAUACUUGGCGCUGAAUUGAAUGAAAAUAACGAAUGGGCAAAAUGGUUUGGAUUACCAUUCUCAAAAAAUCCAGAGUCAGAUCCAAAUUUUAAAACAUUUUUCACUAGACAAUGGCUUGACACAUUUACCAUAUCGUUGAAUAAUUUUUUAAAUACUAUAUUUCAACACAUGCGUAUCCUUAAUAUAACAUUAUACAAGUCGAAUAGAAAAGCUUUACAAAAUGAGAUUGACACGUUAAAAAAUGUAAUAACAAAUCUUAAAUCUCAAGUAGAAAGUGGAGAUUUAGAAAUUUCUACGUUAAGACAAAAGAUCUCACAAUCAUUAUCAAGCAAUACAAAGACAAGAAGAAGAGCAAUUUCAUUAUUUGAAUCCAAAGAAAAUAAAGAUAAUAAAAUCAAUGAUCUUCCAAAACUUUCUAUAACGGAAGAUGACUAUGAUGAGAUUGGAGUCGAAGAUGCUCAUAAUCAUACCACAGGUUAA